AUGGCGAUCUGGGUUGAGAAGGAGUCGUCAGGCGACAGAGCCCAAGUCUGCUGGCUUCAGGCCUGGGUGACAGGAAAAGUCAGGCACAGAGAAAAAGGACGUGGCCGGCGACGGCUGGUGGACGAGGCAGGGGCGACCGGACAACUGGCGGUCAGAGUGUGGGCGAUCUUGGAGGGCAGGAGCGACGGCGUGUGCAGAGUGCACGGUAGGUUUGAGCAGAAGAGUGACGUCUGCAGCCUCAGCCCAGACAGACACACGCCAACGGCUCUGACGUUUUGGUACGCUAGCGGAGUCGGUGUUCCGGCCUGCCGCAAGCAGGGGGAAGGAGCAACGAGCAGACGGGGAAAAGAGCCCAAAAAGGGGCGUAUAAGAAGGCUGCUAGGAAGGCACGUUUCUCGCCGUGUCGCUGUGCGACGAGGACUGGCAGAGACGGCAGGAAGGACCGGCAGACGGCCGUUGCUUCUGUUCCGGGCUGUGCGGUGCUGGAUGCGGGACAAGCAUUCCAGCGAGGCCGUGGUCGCUUUCGGCACUGAGGGGCCCCGUAUUCUUCGAUAA